ACCUCCUGCGCGAUCCAGUCCGACGUUGCCUCUGCAGAGGAAAACGCAAUGGAGCCCUGAACCUUUUCCAUUUCUAUCGCCUUUGACCCCUGGAAAACAACACUCGUAUCCAAAUACAGUUUGAUCUGCUAUUUAUUUGAGGCGUAACAGGGCGGUGCAACAAUGUGGAUCCAGGUUCGCACUAUAGACGGGAAGGAGACGCGAACCGUUGAGGAUCUUUCUAGAUUGACCAAAAUUGAGUCUUUACGGUUGAAAAUACAGGACAUCUUCAGUGUAAGCCCCCAGCAGCAGCGCCUGUUUUACCGAGGGAAGCAGAUGGAAGAUGGCCAGACACUGUUUGACUACAACGUGGGACUCAAUGACAUCGUCCAGCUGCUGAUUCGCUCCCAGAGCGACGCUCCAGACAGCCCCGCCGCCAAGGACUCCUCUGGUGUAGCCUGUAGUUCAGCUCCCCCCUCGGACUCCAGGUCGGAAAGCCACAACUCCCCAGCUCCUGCCUCCCCUGCUGCUAUGGAAACCUCCCCCAAUAUAGACAAUGACAGCAGCAGCGUCACUACCAGCACUGUUAACGAAACCAAGCCUGACACCAGCGUUACCAGUAACUCAGCCAGUACCAAAAAUGGGUUCAAGUCCUCCAGUCCGGCGCGGGACACCCAGCCCCCCACAUCCAGCAGAAACACACUAGUCGACCCAGGAAUUGGUGUGUACAAGAUUAACGAGCUGGUGGACUGCAGAGACGUCAGCAUCGGUGCCUGGUUUGAGGCUUGCCUCGAAAAUGUGACGCGCGCUCCCAAAGGACAGAUAACGCCCACCAAGGGCAAGGUGGGCCGGCCCCCAAAAAGGACUAAUGGAAAGCUGGAGGCCGAGCAGGGACAGGCCUACGGCCAGGGCCAAACCACAGACAGUAACAGGAAUAAUGUUGUGUUAAGCCCUGAAAGUAACGGAGCCUCCACCUCUCAGACAGACUCUACAGCAGCUACAGAGACCAGGGAGAGAGAAGAGGAUGUAAUUUACCACAUUAAAUAUGACGACUACCCAGAGAACGGUGUGGUGGAGAUGCGACCGGUGGACGUGCGGCCGCGUGCCAGGACCCUGCUGCGGUGGGACCAGCUCGAGGUUGGCAUGCGCGUGAUGGUCAACUACAACAUGGAGACACCAGAUGAGAGGGGCUUCUGGUUUGAUGCAGAGAUCCAGACCCUCAACCAAGCCACCCGCACCAACAAGGAGCUCCGAGUCAAGAUCCUCCUGGGGGGUCCUGGUGAUAUAAUCGGGGAUUGUAAAGUUCAUUUUCUGGAUGAAAUCUACCAGCUGGAGGAACCAGGAGCUCGUGCACUCUCGGCUUCAGAUGGACAAUUUAAACGAAAGAGCGGACCAGAGUGUAAGCACUGCAAGGCUGACCCCGAUGCAGAGUGCCGCUUCUGCUCCUGCUGUGUGUGUGGCGGGAAGCAGGAUGCUCACAUGCAGCUGCUCUGCGACGAGUGUAACAUGGCGUUCCACAUCUACUGCCUCAACCCGCCGCUGGCCACCAUCCCGGAUGACGAGGACUGGUACUGUCCCACCUGUAAGAAUGACACCAGUGAGGUUGUUAAGGCAGGAGAGAAGCUAAAAGCCAGCAAGAAGAAAGCCAAGAUGCCUUCGGCAACGACUGAGAGUCAAAGGGACUGGGGAAAGGGUAUGGCCUGUGUGGGGCGCACCAAGGAGUGCACAAUUGUUCCUUCAAACCACUAUGGACCCAUACCCGGUGUUCCUGUUGGAACCACAUGGAAAUUCAGAGUUCAGGUAAGUGAGGCAGGUGUUCACAGGCCACAUGUUGGCGGCAUCCACGGGCGCAGCAACGAUGGCUCCUAUUCGCUGGUGUUGGCUGGAGGCUUUGAGGAUGAAGUGGAUCGGGGAGAUGAGUUCACCUACACAGGCAGUGGAGGUCGUGACCUCUCGGGCAACAAACGGAUCGGAGAGCACUCUUUUGACCAGACCCUUACACACAUGAACAGGGCGUUGGCCUUAAACUGCGAUGCACCGCUGAAUGACAAAGACGGGGCAGAGUCCAGGAACUGGCGAGCAGGGAAGCCGGUGAGAGUGGUGCGCAGCUCCAAAGGUCGACGCAUCAGCAAAUAUGCUCCUGAGGAGGGAAACCGCUACGAUGGUAUUUACAAGGUGGUAAAAUACUGGCCAGAGAUUGGAAAGUGUGGUUACCUAGUGUGGCGGUACCUGCUGAGACGGGACGAUUUGGAACCAGCACCGUGGACGCCAGAAGGACUGGAGAGGAUCGAAAAACUGGGUCUUUCUGUUCAGUACCCACCCGGGUACUUGGCUGCCAUGGCUAACAAAACAAAGAAGGAGGCCUGCGCCCGACCUGGUCGCGGCGGCCGGAGUAAGCACUAUCCCGGAAGGGGGAGGCCACGGAGACGCAAGAUCAAGGAGAAAGAAGAAAAUGACGAGGAAGAGGAGGACGAGCUGCCGAUGGCCAGUGUGACUGAAGAGGAGCCACAGAGUAAUGGAGAGCAGAAGACAACCAGAAAUACUGAGUCACCAGUGGCAGAGCCUCCGUCGAAAAAGGUGAAGAUAGAGGAGACUUUCCAGCUGUCCGAACAGCAGCAGCAGCUGAUCCGGGAGGACACGGCCAACAAGAAACUCUGGGAUGAAGCCAUGGGACACCUUAAAGAAGGACCGAAUUUUCUGCGGAAGAUGGAGCAGAUCUUCAUGUGUGUGUGCUGCCAAGAGCUGGCCUUCCAACCCAUCACCACCGUCUGCUCACACAAUGUUUGCAAGACCUGUCUACAGCGGUCGUUCCGAGCGAAGGUGUACACCUGUCCCGCCUGCCGCCACGACUUGGGCAAAGACUAUGUCAUGACCCAAAACGUGACGCUUCAGGUGCUGCUCGACCAGUUCUAUCCCGGUUACAGCAAGGGCCGAUGAGGUCCAAAUCACAUUUAUAAGUAGAAAACACGCACAUAAGCAUCCAUUCUGUGCACUCGCGUAUACCGUCAAGUACCUAGAGCUCCACUUUAAACUGCAUUGCACACACAUACUGUACUUACCCACGGGCAAAUGUAUAUUGCAUAUACAGCCAUUUAUGUAUACAAUCAUUCAUACACAAACAACCUCAGUAGGGACUGACCUCAUCUGUUGAACCUGGACUGUCUCCAUUAACACCAGCCUGAAAUUCAAACAAGGACAUUUUUUAACCUCCCUACUCCUGCCCCUCACAAACGCACAAAAAGGAGCCCAAAUUCACAUCCACUAGCCACCUCAAGAUAUUUUUUGUAUUGCUUUUCACUCAACAAUUGAUCGUUUGAAUGCAAAUUUCUCCCCAGCAAUAUCAUAAAAUCCUCUGUUAGACUCCUGCCAACCUGUUUGCAUUUUGUGUACCAUGUACGCAGUUUCACACCAAAAAACUGAGCUGCUUCAUUUAUGUGCAGUAUUUUAGUCACUUGGCAAAUAAAGGUGCUAGUUUAAUACGGUGAUUUAGUCACAGCAGUGCACAACACCCCUUGCACAACAUUUAGAAUGAGCAAGUAAGUCAUGUGACUCAGAGUUAAUGGCAAGAUAAUAUUCGGAAAGUGAAGGAUUAGCCUCUGUACAAAAUUAAGCACACAAUGUUUAAUGCCUUCGAAGCACUUUAUCAAUUACUUUUUUUUUUAUAGGUUAAUCAGGAGCACAUGCUAGCGUUCUGCUAGCUGCUCAUGUCACUUGGAGUAACGCCAUUGCUGUACCUGAAGCUAAUAAGAACAGAAAAAUGUCUCGCCAGAGGGGCUUGCAGUGCAUGUGCAGAGGACAGAAAUUUGGCAGCUGUGUCCGGUUCGUUUGGAGUGUCGGGAGAUUUCUGAGUCCAACAAAGCAGCAUUCUUCUAGUAAACGCAACACUGAUCAACAGGCAUAACUCUCAGAUUUUUAUGUUAAGUGCAGAAAAGGCAUUUAGUUAAAAAACACAACCAAAGACUUCUGCUGAGGAAUCAUCACACAUGAAUAUAAAAGUAUCAAACAGAACCAUAAAAAACUAUCAUCUUUUCUUUAGGGCACUUUUUGUUUCUUUUUCAAAGCAGCUAAAAAUAAAUGUACAAGCUAAACAAAUACGCACUAUUAAAUCCCUUAUAAGUGCUGUUGAAACCUCUAACACUAGUGAGAGUCUGUAUUAGACAUGUCAUGUAUUUUCACAUUUCCAUGGUUCUUCCGUUAGAUGGCAUGGACAAAACUGUCCUUGUACAUCAGAUGAGUACAUUCUGUUUUCCCUUUGUAAUGAUGUAAUGGAAAGUAUUUUCAUGCAGUGCACCUGAAAUGCUAGAAAAGCUUGAGGUGUGCUGCUUGCAUGGUCUUUUCAAUGACGCCUAGAAGGGCACGCUGUGGUUGUCCCUGGUGUUACCAAGCAACCACAAUCAAGCAGGACUUCACACAAAGAUAGUUUAGCAUAUUUUGUGCUCAGCAGAUAUUCAUCUGCUAUUGUUCCCUCUGUUGUAUGUAGUAUAAUGUUCAGUGGAGAGCUCUGGGUGCUUCUCUCCUCAUUUUUUAGGAAAGCAGUGUGAUGGCACAGCCAGCAUGAUGUGUGACUUGUUGUCACGUUGCAUCCAAAUGAUACAUUAGUCUCAUUUUGCCAUGGUUGAGCAUGAAAGGCCACUGAUUUUCAUUCCUUGAUAAAAAGGUUUCUAACGAGAUUAAUCCGGAGCUCACACUAGCACUCUCCGAGGCCAUAAUGUGCAGUGUUACCCCAAUUCACAGUAUAUAAGCUAGAUAGAAACACACUAUUGUCAUUAAGCGUUAUUCACCGGUCCGACCUGUAGGACAAGAGUGCCUUGUAGCACAGACUAUCAAUAACUGUCAAGUACCGAAGCUUUGCACCUAAUGCCCAAUCAGUUUCAAUGUCUCAAUCUCUCUGAUUUAAUCAGAAAUUU